AUGGUCAAGUUAUAUGGUUCUCCAAUUUCCACCUGCACGCGCCUCGUCGCUCUUGUCUGCAAAGAAAAGAAUAUUCCAUAUGAGUUGAUCCAGGUCGACUUGUUCAAAGGUGAACAGAAGGCCCCGUCUUUCACGGCCCUUCAACCAUUCGGUCAGGUCCCAUACAUCGAUGACGACGGGUUCAUUCUAUACGAGUCCCGCGCGAUAGCAAGAUACCUCAUCAUGAAAUACCCCAACCAGGGGACCCCCUUGAUUCCCAGCGACCCCAAGGCUAAUGCGCUGUUUGAACAAGCCGCUUCGAUCGAGAUUUUCAACUUCAACACUUCUAUCCAGCCAAUUGUCUUCGAAAAAGUGUUCAAGCCGCGCCGCGGUCUGCAACCAAAUGAGGAGCGUGUCAACGAGAUGUUGGCGAUCCUCCAGAGCAAGUUGGAUGCGUAUGAGGUGAUCCUCAGCAAACAGAAGUACCUUGCUGGUGAUUCUGUCACCCUCGCUGAUUUGUGCCACCUGCCCCAAGGCACCGCGUUUUGCGGAGCUGGCUUUGCUGAGGUGUUCGAGAGUAGGUCUAACCUCGCUAGGUGGUGGAAGGACAUCUCUAACAGGCCUGCGUGGCUUGCCGUCAAGGAUGGCACAAGUGUCAGGAACAUUGAGUAA